AUGGCGGAGCAAAUUCUCGACCAGAUCCGCGAUGUGGCCGAGGGGCAGAUUGACUUUGAGGGCCAAAAGCUCGUCGAGACGUUGUCCACCGUGCUCUUGAGCAUAGUUGGCGUCAUCUCCUUUCUCGUCGGAUACUUCCUGCAAGACAUCAAGCUCGCCGUCUACAUUGGACUUGGCGGCACCGCGCUCACGUUCCUCGCGAUUAUCCCCCCGUGGCCCUUCUACAACAAGAACCCUGUCAAAUGGCUUCCAAUCGGCGGGGGAGCAGCCGCAAUUUCGGUCCCACAGGACCUUAUCAUAGAUGAGAAAGCGGUGCGAUGA